GGAUUUCUGCAGACAGACUGGAGAAUCAGGUUGAAGAGGUACAUUCCGACUGGAGCUCCCUUUGUGUGAUUGAUAGCAUUUCUCACAUAAAUUUCUAUUAACGGGACUGCUUUAUUGUGAUUAAGAUGAUUACCUUCCUGGUCUCUUUCCUUGCUGCACUUGUGUGUGAAUUCGUCCACAGUGACAACUUACCGGUAGCAUGGUGCUAUAACAAUCCAGCAUGCAAUUUUCCCAACUGGCCCAAUAUUGCUCCACAAUACUGCAAUGGAUCCAGCCAAUCUCCCAUUGAUAUUGUCACAGCACAAGUUCAGGGAAAUCCUAACCUGACCCAGUUUAUUUUAACUGGUUUUGAUGCCAACACCACCUUCACAUCAAUUACAAACUCCGGCACCUCUGUGGUCGUCUCUUUGGAUGAAGACAUAAUGUCAGUGCAAGGCGGCGAUCUUCCAGGUCUUUACGUUUCUGUACAGUUUCAUCUUCACUGGGGCAGCAGCAGCUCCUUGCCUGGAUCAGAACACACUGUGGAUGGCAAACAGUAUGCAAUGGAGCUGCACAUUGUGAAUCUCCAUUCAACAUACGACGGGAAUGUUUCUGCUGCUCUAGCUGCUAAUGACAGCUCAGCGCUGGCCGUUUUGGGUUUCUUCAUUGAGGGAACUGAUGAAGCAGACAAAACAAACAGUUGGGACAUCUUUACAUCCUUUCUGUCAAACAUCCCUAAUUCAGGUAAUACAUACACAGACAUUAUGGAUCAAAUCACUAUGAACAGUCUGCUUGAAGGAGUGAACAAGACUAAAUAUUACCGCUACCAAGGCUCUCUGACCACACCACCCUGCAAUGAAGAUGUCAUCUGGACUGUGUUUAAAGAGCCCAUCAAAGUCAAUAACAACUUGAUCAACCGCUUCUGUACAAAGGUCUUUGCCAAAACUGCAAAAGCUUCAGAUCUGAAUGUUAACAACUUCAGAGGAGUUCAGCCGCUGAAUGGCAGAGUGGUGACGUCUCAGGUGGAGCAAACCGGUUCCUCUGCAGCUCCUUCAUUAGUCCCCACAUCCAUUUCAUCCCUCUCCCUAAUUCUGCUCUUGACCAGUUUGUCUUGCCUGUAAAUAUACUAUUAGUGAUUUUAUUAAAAUAACUGGAGUUUAAUAAAAUGAAGUUUCACAAACAAA